AUGCUCUCGUUCGCUCUCGCUCUCGCCCCCCUCCUCGCGGCCAUCGUCCCGUCAUGCGCAACACAGGUCGCGGCCCCAGCGACGCUCGCAUCCCUCUACUCCCUCGCGACCAGCACCUCCAUUCCCUUCCCGUCCGCGACACUGAGCAGCUCGGAUGCCCAGUCCUUCCUUGUCUCCGACUGGUCACUUUCCAAGGGCAAGAUUCAGCAAGGUGCUGAGAACCUCGCUUUCGUUGCCGACCCCUUCCCAAACAAACCCGCACCCGGAUCGAGCAACACCUCCACCGGCCCAGUCCUGCAAGUCAAGUAUGCGGCGGGCGGAGUUGGCAGUAGUAGCAGCGGCGCACAGCUCUUUACGCUCUGGAACUCGUCAAAUGCGUUCAACAGCAUGAUGAUCUCCUACGAGGUCGCAUUUGACUCCAAUUUCGACUUCGUCAAAGGCGGGAAGCUCCCUGGUCUUCGCGGAGGUCCAGACCCUAAUGGGUGUUCGGGUGGAGAUGCAGCGACUGGGACGAACUGCUUCAGCACACGGCUGAUGUGGAGGACAAACGGCGCCGGAGAAGUGUAUGCGUAUAUUCCCACCCCCAACAACAUAUGCUCCAACUCCGACUUCAUCUGCAAUGACGAUGGUUUCGGCACCAGCAUCGACCGUGGUUCCUUUUCCUUCACGACCGGCCAGUGGCACCGCGUCACCCUCAUGGUCAAUCUCAACAGUCCCACGAGCACCGUCAACGGCCAGGUGCAGCUUUAUUUCAACAACGUCCAGGCCCUCAGUGAAGACGUGUUGUACUACCGCUCCGUGUCCUCGCUCUCGGUCGGUGGCAUGUACUUCUCCACCUUCUUCGGCGGGAGCGACGACUCCUGGGCGCCGCCGUCGGACUCGAACGCAUACUUCCGCAACAUCGAGCUCUGGGGCUCGUCGGCCGCCUCGAACCUCACAGGCGCCACGGUCAGCGCUGCGCCCGCCAGCCAUCGCCCCGCCUCGGCAUGGGUUGCGGCUGUGCUCGCAGCGGCCUGCGCGGCGCUCGGCUCUGUCUUGUAA